AUGCCGGCAAAUCAUAUUACAAUUUUGAUGACAUCUCCAUUCAGUAGUGAUAUAACAAUUAAUAGUUAUUCUAAAAUAUCGGGUUUAUUAUCCGUUGUAGAUGAUUAUUCGUGGUGUCAUCAACAAAUUCUUACGUGUUUAUUUCGUCGUGAUCGUCAUUUAGAUAAACAACAAUUAAAUACUAAAUGUGAAGCAUAUAUAAAGGUACGCAAAUGUCUCGAAAUCGAUCCAGAUAUUCGUUAUCAAUGUGAUAAAAAUACGAUUAAUAAUUUAAAAACUAUUUUUAAUGAAAAUUAUCCACAAUGUCAAAAAAGUUAUACUCAAGCACUAUCUCAUUCAAGUCAAAGAACUAAACCUUAUUUAAAUUUAAUUUAUAUUAUAGUAGCCGUCGUUGUUUCCAUAUCGUUUUCUUACUAA